GAUAAUUUUGUUUUAUUGUCAGUAAAAUGUUUACCAGUGUUUGUGUGCUAUUGGCGAGACGGCUGUUUCGUCCUGUACAGAUUGAUAUACAUAAUAUCCGAAACAUAUAUACAAGCCGACAGACACUAAGUUCUUUCUACGAAAGCGAUAGGAAAAGCGGCUACACGAAAUCGGAUAAGAAAGUUUCGCGUCUAGAGCUUAUUCGCAAUGGACUUAAAGAACUUAAAAAGGAAAUAUUUAUUUGGAAAGAUGAAAUUAAAGAGAAAUUGGAAUCUGAUCCGAUCCUUAUAUACAGACCAGGAGAAACAGAUAUCUUAUGGAAAUUUGACUCGCCACAUAUCUUGCAUCAGUGGGUUACGACAGCUGAUAGUGAUCACAAAGAAGGGUAUAGUAAAUGUGAUUUGAACAUCAGUGCUGAUGGGACAGCAGUCUUCUCAGGUUCUCUCAGUUGUGAAGUACCAAAAGAUGGUCGAAUAAAGAAGUCUGGAUAUUGCAAUAUGAAAUCAGUGCGCCCACAGAAAUCAUUUAAAAGGGAUGCAUACUACAACUGGUGCAUGUACACGCAUUUAGUACUGAAAGUGCGAGGUGAUGGACGUACUUAUAUUUUAAACUUAUCUACUGCUGGGUACUAUGACAUAAUGUGGAAUGACAUGUACACAUAUGUCUUACACACUCGUGGUGGCCCAUAUUGGCAGCUUACAAAGAUACCUUUUUCAAAGUUCAUUCUUGCAAGCAAAGGACGUCUGCAAGACAAGCAAUGCCCUAUUCCACUGGACAAAGUUACAAAUGUGGGAAUAUCUCUUGGAGACAAAAUUAAUGGUCCUUUCAGUUUGGAACUGGAUUAUAUAGGUUUGGAGUUCGACCCAUCACACACAGAAGAAUUUGCUUAUGAAAUGUAUCAAACUCCUAAAUUUCUUGUAGGUUCAUAAUAGGUGUUUUUUCAAUAAAAAAAAUUAAAUGUG